CGCCAAAGCCAGAACUUGGCCAUUUCAACCUCUGAACCUCCGAUCUCACCGCGCAGGGUCGGACAGGGCGCGCUCACAGCUUUCAAAUGUGAGGAUGAGGAGGAGGAGGAGGAUGAUGAGGAGCGAGAAGAGAGCCUCGUCUUCCACCGAUCCAAUCAAAUCAACUCACCAACAGACAUGCCGGGCCAAAUUUGCCUCUGUCCCAAUGGUGGCGCUGGUGGAGGUAGCGUUGCCGGUGGCAACGGUGGCUCCAUCCCGGCCGUAAGACUCGGUGCCACCUGCGGUUGCCAGAACUCCAACUGCCUCAGCGAGCUUACCUCAGACUCGCCGUGUCAUAGUCCACCGGGAAGUAGGCUGUUCUCCUUUCAGGCACUGUUGCCAGGUGGCUGUGGUACCAGCUUCUCUAACGCCCUUACAAUAGCAGCCUCAGACUCCGCCUUCUCGGUGCCCUCGGCUUCUCAACCGCCCUCCUGCCUCAUCUCUCCGUUUGCCACACAUCCGGGCCGCCAUGUUUCUCCGCUGGUCUACGCGCCGCCGCCAAUUCCUGGCCAGCCCGGCAAGACAAAGGAGCCAUUACAACCUCAUCGUGGCGCAAAAAGAAUCCAACUCGCCUCCCCCACUUCAACUGCAUCCAUUCCCAACCUGACGGUUGCCAUCUCGGGCUCCAACUUAGUCUCAUCCCCUUUCAACUCGACAACCGGUACCAGCCCACCCGCCCUGGUCUCUCCGGGCCAUUCGAUCCCCGAGGCGGGCAGUACACGACGGCGCCACGACAGAACCUUUGAUCCUUCUACAGUCCCCUCGAUGACUGGACGUGUUGGCCGAAGAAGACCCGGAGAAGUCGCGGUGGAGCAAACAGACCUAAAUUCAGGUGAGGCCCAGAGUGGAUGA